CACAACAACAUACACGGCUAGUUCCCUUUCUCUGGGAUUGUAGGCACUGGACAUGAACACACCGACCGUGUCUGAAUCGGUGUCGACAGAGAUGAUGCAUGCCGAUAUGCAUUGUCUACUAAAGGCCAUGGAAAUUAGUAAAUAGGGAAUAUUUUUGGAUAAAAGGAGGAAAACGUAACGGACUGGGAACGUGUGCUGGGGUAGCCUAUUCAGAUAUGAACCUGAACUAAUAGGGAGAUUGCACUGUUGGACACUGAAUCUUGGAUGUUAGCAUACUAAAGACCUAAACAUCUACCUUCUCUGCACCAGUGAUUACAUACUUCUAUGUUGGAUACAGCUUAACGAGCAAAAGAAGAGAAAUAACGUAUUUCUCUCUCUCUCUCCCGUGGACUAGAUUGCUUUUGAAAUGAUGAAAAAGUGAGUUUGAAUCAUUGCAGACCAAACUAAGGAAUCGAGAGAGAGAGAGAGAGUCUGAGAAAGUUACUGGGUGUUGGAGACCUCAGGUGACACUUGACCUCAGUGUCAUCGUUUCUUGCGUGGGCACGUUGGUCAUAGGAUGACCAGCCUUUUCAGACGCAGCAGCAGUAAUGGAGGGUCUCGGGGUGGUGGAGGCUCAGGAUCAGGUGAUCUCAACAAUUCCAGGCCCAACCGGCAAGUUCGACGGCUGGAGUUCAACCAGGCCAUGGAGGACUUUAAAAUCAUGUUCCCCACCAUGGACUAUGAGGUGAUCGAGUGCGUGCUCCGCUCCAACAACGGAGCUGUAGACGCCACCAUCGAUCAGCUCCUGCAGAUGAGCAUUGACGGGCAGGGCUCAGAUGACAGUUCUGAUUCGGACGACAGUAUCCCACCAGAGAUUCUAGAGCGGACCCUCGAGCCGGACAGCUCAGAUGAGGAGCCGCCCCCGGUCUACUCCCCACCAACAUAUGACAUGCACAUAUAUGACAGGAAAUACCCCGAUGCCCCUCCUGACCCUCCACCCAGAUUUGAGGCCCAGCCUCCUCCAGGACAAAGGCAAGUUGAAGGUUACAAAAACUGGAAUCCACCGUUACUUGGCAACCUGCCUGAUGACUUCCUGCGAAUCCUGCCUCAACAAUUGGACAGUAUACAGGGCUCUCAGAGUAGCAUCUCCCAGCCAUCUUCCUCCACCUCUUGUUCCUCAGUACCCCAGAAGGCCGUGACUGUGGUGGCUUCUGAGCAGGAGCGCAAACUGAAGCAAUAUUUGGAGGACGAGCGCAUUGCUCUCUUCCUACAAAACGAGGAGUUCAUGAAAGAGCUACAGAGGAACCGAGAGUUCCUCAUUGCCUUGGAAAGAGAUCGAUUGAAAUACGAGUCAAAGAAAUCCAAAUCCAGUCAUUCAUCAGCUAGCACGGAGAACUCCACAGGUGACCACUAUGCUUCUGGAUCCAUAGAAGCAUGCACAGCAGUCUCAGAUGACGCUCUGUUUAGAGACAAGCUAAAGCACAUGGGGAAAUCAACCAGGAAGAAGCUGUUUGAAAUCGCCAGAGGGUUCUCAGAAAAGACGAAGCGAAGGAAGUCUAAAAGAAGAACAUUGUUGCGGCAUCACUCAUUGGGUGCAGCCAACUCCACUGCCAACCUCCUAGAUGAUGUUGAAGGAAACCCAAUUGAUGAAGAAAGUCAGCUCAGACGAUUAGCUGUUCAGGAAGAGGAGGAGCCACACAAAGAACCACUAUCAUGAUCCUUCUGUGCUUUUGGGAAAUUAGGGUUUCCGUGGUGACCUCAGAAUGACCCAUGGUUUAUAGCUCGUUAUCUCAGUGGAUCCAGUGCUUGGCUCAGUGGCGAGCAAUCCUGGACUCGAGAGGAACAGCCUACGCCCCGACUGGCUAUGGCAAAACUGUAUUAUCAUUUUGUAGCAGCCUUUUGCAAGCCUACGAUUAUUGUUAUCUGCAUUUGAUUACUAUUAUAAUUCUAGGAUUGUAACUGUUUGUUAAUAUUUGGUUUCAUAUGUAAAACUCAACAGAUGUUGUACUGAUUUCCUGACCUGAAUUAUAUUUUUGUUGCAUUUACCUCUUUGAAUCCUAAUAGAAAAUCCUUGUUUGUGAUUUUUUUUUUUUGGUUUAAAAAAUAAAAUUUACUUUAGGAAUUUUUCCACUUGUGUAUGAUUUGUUAGAAAUUCUGACUUGUCAGUAUUUGAAAAGAGGCAAAUAUUUUUGUUUAUUACUGUUUAGUUUCUAGUCUAAUCAUGUAUGUUUAGGUGUUUGAGCCAAAUGAAGCAAUUAAUGGCGAGUUAUUUUGGCACAUUAGUAUUCCCUGAUUUCUUAACGGACUCUGCCCAUUCCCAGAGUCUAGCCAAUUAUUCUAAUCUGCACAUUAAACAUCAAAGAAUUUUCCUCAAAGUAUGUACCCCAGUUUUAUCUCUCAUUCUUACAAAAACACUUUUUCCUAUCUUCUUUAUCUUUGCUAUUAAGGAAAGAACGGCAAUAUUCAGGUCUCCAUUCAGUCUGUAGUUGGUCUGAAUUUAGGGUGCUGAAUAGUCUAUUUCCAUUCCUGUACCAAUUUUCAUAAAAUUAAAUAAGAUACAGAUGAGAUGGCCUCCUUUUAAGAGGGUUGUACCCAAAGUGGUCUCCUACCAAGUAAGGCCAUGCACAUUGUCUAUUUACAGUUGAAGUCAGAGGUUUACAUACACCUUAGCCAAAUACAUUUAAACUCAGUUUUUCACAAUUCCUGACAUUAAAACGUAGAACACAUUCCCUGUCUUAGGUAAGUUAGGAUCACUAUUUUAAGAAUGUGAAAUGUCCGAAUAAUAGUAGAGAAUUAUUUCAGCUUUUAUUUCUUUCAUCUCAUUCCCAGUGGGUCAAAAGUUUACAUACAAUUUGUUAGUAUAUGGUAGCAUUUUUGUUUAACUUUGGUGAAACGUUUUGUGUAGCCACUAAGCUUCUCACAAUGUUGCUGGAAUGUUGGCCCAUUCUCCAGACAGAACUGGUGUAACUGAGCCAGUUUUGUAGGCCUCCUUGCUCACACAUGCUUUUUCAGUUUUGCCACAAAUUUUCGGUUUCAAAUCGGAUUGAGGUCAGGGCUUUGUGAUGGCCACUCCAAUACCUUGACUUUGUUGUCCUUAAGCCAUUUUGCCACAACUUAGGAGGUAUGCUUGGUAUUAUUGUCCAUUUGAAAGACCCAUUUGCAACCAAGAUUUUAACUUCAUGGCUGAUGUCUUGAGAUGUUGCUUAAAAUAUAUCCACAUUAUUUUCCUUGAUGCCAUCUAUUUUGUGAAACGCUGCCACCCCCAUGCUUCACGGUUGGGAUGGUGUUCUUCAGCUUGCAAACCUCACCCUUUGUCCUCCACAUAUAUCGAUGGUCAUUAUGGGCAAAAAGUUCCAUAUUUGUUUCAUCAGACUAGAGUAAAUUUCUCCAAAAAGUAAGAUCUUUGUCCCCAUGUGCACUUGCAAACUGUAGAAGCCUUUCAGGUUAUUUUGAUUUAGGACUCAUUUUCCUGUGGAUAUAGAUACUUGUCUACCCGUUUCCUCCAGAAUCUUCUCAAGGUCUUUUGCUGUUGUUCUGUUAUUGAUUUGCACUUUUCGCACCAAACUACAUUCAUCCCUAGGAGACUGAAUAUGUCUCCUUCCGGAGCGGUAUGAAGUGUUUAUACUUCCAUACUAUUGUUUGAACAGAUGAAUGUUGUACCUUCAGGUAUCUGGAAAUUGAUCCAUAGGAUGAACCAGACUUAAAUUUUUUUCUGAGGUCUUGGCUUAUUUCUUUUGAUUUUUUCAUGAUGUCAAGAAAAGAGGCACUGAGUUUGAAGGUAGGCCUUAAAAUACAUCCACAGGUACACCUCCAGUUCAGUACACUCCCUUUCAAAAGCUAAUUGUCUAAAGGCUUGACAUAAUUUUCUGGAAAGUUCCAAGAUGCUUAGACACAUUUAACUUGGUGUAUGUAAACUUCUAACCACUGGAAUUGUGAUUUAAAAGUGAAACAAUCUGUUUGUAAACAAUUGUUGGAAAAAUUACUUAUCCACAAAGUAGAUGUCCUAAAUUACUUGCCAAAACUAUAGUUUGUUAAUAUUAAAUCUAUGGAGUGGUUAAAAAGAUACAACCUGUAUGUAAACUUUUGAUUUCAACUGUAUGUGUAUGCUAUUACAACUGUACAUAUUUCUCAAUACCAAAAUUCAAUGUCAUUUUUAUAUGACUUAAACAAGACAAAUCGCUGCAUCUCAUCUUUGUACUGCCAUAUCUGGUUUUAAAAACAUUGGAAUACUGUUGUUUGUUUUUUCAAGUGUGUUUUGAAGUGGUCACUUUUUUUUUUUUUUUUUUUUAAAUUAACAGAACUAUUUGUAAAGAAGUUUGAGCAUAGAACAAUUUGAGUGAUGCUGUCCUUAAACCAACCAAACGCUGCUGUGUGGUAUGCUUUCCUGUGAAUCUCUCUGAAUGAUUUACCCCAACCCUGUGCUUCCAGUAGGUCACGUGACGAUGUCAUAAGAUCAGAGGUCUAACUGUGAUCAAAUAAGAAUGUGCUGUUAUGUUCCUUUUUGUGUUAUGCAUCCAAUGUAUUGAUUUUGUGUAAAGUUGCUUAUUGGAGGACCCUGUGUUACAUCAAUGAUCAGUUUGUUAGUAGUAUGUUGUCCAGCAGCUAGAUCGAAUAGUUUAAUAGAUCACAAAACUUAAAAACGUCAAAGUAUUACAUGUGCCAAGGCAAAAAAUUCAAUCAUGUUGAUUCCACUAUGUUACUGGUUCGUCAUAUUUCUUGUGUCCUUUAUUUUACAGAUAUGCAUUUGGGAGCUUGUAAUUUUGUUUUAAAGGCAUUAUAUGAAGUCAUGAUCAUAUUUUCCAAGGCACUAUUUGUGUUUGUCAAUAAUUAAUUGACUUGUGCUCCAUUGUAACUGAUUAUGUAGUUAGCCAUAGGCAUCAUCAAUGACAAACUGUGUAUGCAUAAGCCUAGAACACACAAUUACGUGUGCUGUGAAGUGUUAAUAGCCAUGAUGAAAUGUGGCGGUGGCAUACAUAUCUGUUUGAUUUCUUUAAAUAAUUUUUCCAGGUAAAAUACAAGUUAAGCAUAAGCUACAGCAUUUGUAGCAUAAUAUUGAUUACCACAAAAAUAAAAAUUGACUAGCAACUCAAAAAAUCCAAAAUGUGGUUUGCAGUGAAGCACCAUCAAUGGAAGUGAAUGGCUAAAUGUUAAAAUACCAUUUUGAAAAUAUAGCCACAAGACAUAAACAAAAUGUGUGUUGACAUGAUUUUAGUGUGACUAACUAACCUUUUCUUUGUGAAGUUAGUCCAUAUUACAACUUCAUUGACAAUGACGAUGUUAUGUCAACAGGCCCUAAAAUGACUGCAAAAAUAAUGAUUUAAACAACUUUACAGUUGAAAUAAUACAUGAGUUUAAAAUAAUUGCUUUUAUAAAAUUAUAAGCUUCACAUUUUUGCCUUUUAACUACCCAUUCAUGUCCAUUGUAAGUUCCUCACAGUAACCUUGAUUUUUGCCUUUUGUUUUUCAAGAUAAAGGAGUGGCGAGUCAAAAUAAUUUUUUGUGGUAAUCAACAAAUGCUGUUGAUUGAUCUUAUCUUGUAUUUAACCCGGAAUAUUCCUUUAAUCUGUUUAGUAAAUUAUGUGAAUUAAAAGAACAAAUGUUUUGCUGUAGCAAAACCUUGUAGGACUCAAGUUAUUCCUAGGACAGUUAUUCCGCCGAGCCCAUUGUAAAAAUGAAAAAAUACUUGUAACGCAAAAUAUGCUAGGCAGUAUGUUAGUCUCAGUCACCAUUCACAUUCAUUGCAUCUUUUUUCCAUACAAUGAAAGUGGAUGUUGAUUGUCGUUCCAGAAAAGGGUGCCUAGAGGUUUUCCAAAUUGUUCCACUGGCGUGGUAUCUGAAGAACCAUAAAUGCUGCCUCAAAUAUCUUUUCAUUGCUACAGUGGUUUGCAGCAUGCACUGCUGCCUGUGUGAGAUGUUUCCUUCUAUCGCGCUUGUAAAGGAAUAUUCCGGGUUCAACACAUUAAGCUCAUUUAACAGCAUUUGUUGCAUAAUGUUUAUUGCCACACAAAUUAAUUUGGACUUGUCUCUUUUCUUUAAAAAAGCAAUAUUCUGGGUUACAGUGAUGCACUUACAAUGGACGUUAAUGGAGCCAAUCUGUAAACAUUAAAAUACUCACUGUUUUAGAGGAAAAAACACAAGAUAUAAACAAUGUGUUACCAUGAUUUUAGUGUUAUAAACUAAAAACGAACCUUUUCUUUGUAAAGUUAAAUCCAAUUUUACAACUUUGUUGGCAUGACGAUGUAAUGCCAUAAAACCUAAAGGCUUAAAAGGACCAUAAACAUUUUAUUUAGUUAUUAAACAACGUUUUAGCUCAAAUAAUACAUUAGUAUUAACAAGAAAAUAAAUGUGCUUUUGUAAAAUUAUAAGCUUCACAUUUCUGCCUUUAAAUCCUCAAAAUAUUGGCCCCAUUGACUUCCAUUGUAAGUGCCUCACUGAAGCUUGAUUUUUCCUUUUUUUUUUUUUUAAGAAAAGUAGGGAUUAAACAAAAUAAUAUUUUGUGGUAAUCAACAUGAUGCCACAAAUGCUGUGGAUUGAGCUUAACUUGUAUUGAACCUGGAAUAUUCCUUAAACAUGUUUAUUCCUCUCAGGGAACUUGCCCUCAUUUCACUUUCUUGUAACGGCACAAUGAAAAAAGGUUAGCUGCUGUGCAGAGGUUUCAAAAAUGGGCCAUGUAGCACUGCCUUUUUUAUUUUAAUAAAUAAAACCAUUAUGCUAACCAUUUGUUUUCCCAUCAUGAGAUUGAUAUGAAAAAUUCAAGGACUGUGUUGACUUAUUGAUUCUACUGCAGUAGCAAAGUUCCUUUUCUAGCUGACAUGUCCUUGUAUGUUUACUUGGAUUCUGAAUAAGGUCCUCCUAUUUAAUUUUGUAUCUUUGUAUGGGAGAGAUAAAAUGGAAAUUGAUGGAAGAUCAGUUUAGUGGGUGUUGUGUGUAAGCCACGUGAUUUUGAGCGGCUCGUAACAAUAAGUGGAAUGUACUCUUUAUUUUUUAUUAAAUGGAAGCAACUGUAUGUCCUUUACCAAACUGGCUUUUUACAAAAUCUGUUGAUCUUGGCAUUAUUUCUUUCUGUACCCUUAGUUUAAUCUCUGGAGAGAGAAAAAAAUUGUCAAAUUUUUGUCUACUUGUCCAAAAAGUGUGAUUAUUCCAUAUCAUUUAAGACUAUUUCAAGUUCCAGACUUUUCUUACCAUCCAGAUGUUUAUUAGCUAUUGAAAUAAACAAUAAAAUUGUUGU